UGUGAAGAAGUGGGCGGAAUCCUGCGGAGAGGAAGCGAGUGAACGGCUGCAGGCGGACCAGUGUCUCGAGUCGCGUUAUUCAUGAUCUACAGUUAAUCAGCGGAUUAACCAGGGAAACUCUCAGCAGUCAUGUCGAAGAACACCGUGUCCGACCGAUUCCGCAAGGUGGAUGUGGACGAAUAUGACGAGAACAAGUUCGUGGACGAGGAGGAUGGAGGAGAGAACCAGCUGGGUCCAGACGAGGCAGAGGUGGAUUCCCUGAUCAGACAAGGGAACCUCAUGGAGGCGUUGCAGGCAGUCCUGAAAAACCCACCAAUCAAUACAAAAAAUCAGAACGUCAAGGACCGUGCUGAGGGACUAGUGCUUAAGGUGCUCAGCUCCUUUAAGGCCAGUGACAUUGAGAAGGGAGUACAGUCUCUGGACAAGAACGGGGUGGACCUGUUGAUGAAGUACAUAUACAAGGGCUUUGAGAGGCCAUCAGAAAAUAGCAGCGCUAUCCUCCUGCAGUGGCAUGAGAAGGCUCUCUCUGCAGGAGGAGUGGGCUGCAUCGUCCGGGUGCUGACCGCUAGGAAAACUGUGUAAGCACCGGCCCUGGCAUUCCGACACUUCACACAGACAACCACAGGAUUGGCUUCUGCUGGUCCGCUUAGAACCAAGAAAAGACUUCUACAGGGUGCUGUAAACAACCCAUAUCUGAUUCUGCUCUUCCUUUUUAUGGUUUGUCUGUCUUACAGUCUGUGUCAUGUUCUCUCUACGCCCCAUCACUCAAAAUUGUGAGCGUAUACUUACGUACAUCUUAUGGUGCCAUUGAUUUUUAUGGUAGAUUUAGCUUCUCUCAGGAAAUAAAAUCUUAAGGUACGUCGCCUUAAGGAUGCAAGUCGUUAUGAAUUUAUAAAAUCUAUAUAUAUAAUUUUUUGUACUUUUUUGUAUGACUUAAAGUGGUUCAGUGAUUACACUUCUUGGAGAUAUUUGGGUUUCCCCAUAUAGUCUGUUUGUGUUCUGCUGGACGAGGGUGUGGUCAUAACCUGAAAUGUACAGCCACAGAUGGGUUAGAUGGGGUGUGUCUGUCUCUCGCCUUCCAGUCGGGCAUGUCUGUCUGCCUCGCUUCGUCUGGCCUGGAAUGGAUUAGGAUUAAUAUCCUAAAGGCUUCCUCCCAUUUCUGCCCUGUCAGUCCUUAAUCCCAGCUCAUAGCUUCACAGUAUUCACUCCUAAAACAACCAAAGGGCAUUAGCUGCUUACUUCACAAUGAAAAUAGCUUCCUCUUCUGUGCUCCACAAUUACAGUAAAUAGCAGGUUGUCCAGUUCUGGUCUAACAUUCAGCACAGUUUGCUGCCCAUGUACAGCCACUGAUGCUGGUAACAAAAUAGUAGUUUGAAUCAAGUGUGUUUUAUUGGGUGAACUACCAGAAUGUGCUGGAAGUCCCUUAAGGAUUGGAACUAGACAGCUGUGCAUUUUUGCAAAACGCAGUUAAAUACACACCUAGUUUAAUAGCUAAUUCGUUUACAAUUUUCUCACCGUCCCACUGAGCAGCCAUUCCCUAAUCCUGUUCCUCGCUAAUGCCAUGGUAUAAAUGCCUGUGUUUGUCAUGUUAAAUAUUUUACUGUCGCGUCUUUAACUCCAUCAUUCCUAAGCACUAAGCGUCUGUGUCUUAAAUGCUUAAGCACUUACUGCAAGCCUGUAGAAGACCAUUUGUACGUAAAUGCUUUUGUCUGUACUUCAUCACAUCUUUGACCAAGCAUUGUGAGAGAUCACUGUCUACAACUUGUCUGAGCACUAACAAUGUACUAAAGCAGAUGGACCUCCAAUGCAGUAAUGUUUUCACUCUUGUGACCAAGUGCAAAACACAUUCUCUACAAACCAAACUGGUGUAAAAACUGCCUUACUAAAUACUCAUCUUUUGUUUGUGCUUUUUGAGAUUGAAUAAUAAAGAUUUAUACAUAUGAUCAAA